CUGGCUGUGGCUUUCUUCCUUGCAGAAAUCACCUCACUUGAACGGGACCAGGCCAAGAAGUUCCAUGGCCAGUCCGAAUGGAAGUCCCCGUGUCAGCAGGGUUAGUCCUGCUGACACUCCUACAGGAGUUAACUGCCACCCGGGGAUGGCAGAGCACCCUAAGGAACAAAACCUCACCAUCAGCAUUCAGGACAAGCCUGGUCACCAAGCGCAGUCUCAGCCUAACCAACACAGCAAUUCCAGGGAGGCCCCUAACAAGCCUGUUCCUCCUACCGCCAUCAGCUGCUCUGCGGUACAAUCCACCCUGAAUGCACUGACAGUGUUGAUUUACAGUGAAGCAGCAGAGACACUCUCCCCAAGCGCGUCCUGCUCCAAGCCAGUGAUAAAUGGCAAGUCCAAGUUACCAGCUGCUUCCUUGCCUUCUAUUCCGGAAGACAAACCUUUAGAGACCUUCAGGCUUAGCGACGAAGUAAAAGGCUCAACAGAUGAAACCAGGUAAAGUAAGAAUAAAUUUGGAGGAAGUGAACUUCACAGUAGAAAAUCCAACGCUGAGUGGAUGUGUCAGCGUUUUAACUCUGUAAAAGUGUUACUGUGAGCAUCCCGAGCCCCUAGAUUUGAAAAACAGUCUAUAGGAUGUGCUCAUUUGCCUUUGAGAAGAGUUAGAGAACAGUCUGCGACCGCUUGUCGUUUUCUUCUGCGCCGCCUGCUCUGGCUCACAGUGCCUGUGCCCACUUCCGCUUCCACGUGCUUUCUCAUGUCGUCUUUUCAGUGAUGAGUGAGUGUGUGACGGGCAUACUGAGUUUAGAGGAAGAGGAGUCCCAGAACUGUCAUGAAGCAACUAUUUUGUAAGGGCCUCUCUAGAAAUGUGAAAUUAAUUUCAUAGAGAAUAUAAUUAUCCCCUGCCUUCAGUUUUAAGAAACAUCAGUGCAUUGGCACAGCUGUCAUGUGACUCGGAGUAAG